CACAACCUCAACGGACUAUAUUUUCGUCGUGGCUGGUAUAUUGAUAUUCGCCGAGUUUUACAUAAAAAAGGCGACGAUGAGUCAUCUAUAGUGGUUUAGAAUUGUUAAGUAUUUCGACAGUGUGUUGAAGGUGGGAGAGAAACUCUCCCGUACGCAAUCACCAAUGUUUUUACUCGGUUUUAGCGUUAUCAAAGGAAGGUAGCAAGUAGCUAUGGCGGAUCUUCUUGCGCCGGGCGAUGUGGUGAGGCAGCGAUGGAAGAUCGACAAAAAGAUUGGAGGAGGCGGAUUUGGUGAGAUCUACUGUGCCUUUGAUCUUGUUACAAAAGAUUCAGUUGCUCUGAAGGUAGAGUCUGUGAACCAGUCAAAACAAGUCCUCAAAAUGGAAGUAGCUGUGCUUAAGAAACUUCAAGGUUGUAGCCAUGUUUGCAAGUUUGUAAGCUGUGGUAGAAAUGAGAAUUUCAACUACCUUGUGAUGUCUCUGCAAGGCUCCAAUCUUGCUGAGUUACGGCGAAGCCAGCCCAAAGGAGUGUUCUCUCAGAGCACCAUGUUACGACUUGGUUUCCAGAUCCUGCGGUCCAUCAAAGCCAUCCAUGAAGCUGGAUUUCUUCACCGAGAUAUUAAACCUUCCAAUUUUUCCAUGGGUAGUUCUUCAGACAGUUGCCAUUCUUGUUUUAUGUUGGAUUUUGGUUUGGCACGACAGUUUACCAAAGGGAAUGGAGACGUGCGACCUGCACGAGGCUCAGCAGGAUUUAGAGGAACUGUGCGUUAUGCGUCAAUUAAUGCUCAUGAAAAUAAGGAAAUGGGCCGACAGGAUGAUCUGUGGUCGUUUUUCUACAUGAUGGCCGAGUUUGCCAUUGGACAUCUGCCAUGGAGAAAAAUCAAGGAUAAGGAACAAGUUGGCAAAAUGAAGAAAGCGUAUGACCAUCAGUUGUUUUUGAAAUCAUUGCCUCCGGGCUUUAAACAGUUUCUGGAUCACAUCAGCAAGCUGAAGUAUGAAGACAAGCCUGACUACAAGAUGUUGAUUUCCGUUGUCGAGAAAGCAAUCGCCAAGAAAGGCAUCAAGGAAAGCGAUCCAUUUGACUGGGAGAAAACACCGGGUGAUGUCUCUCAGGCCACCACAACUACCAGCACCCCUCCCGUGGGGCAAAUAUACACGACGCCCCCGGACAACAAGCCUGACCUGCCGAACUUGCAUGCAUCAGACCGAGUGUCGCCUAGUGUCGACAUGUUGGAAGAUCACAGUGAACAUGGUAAUGAAGCGAAUAGAAAAGAUGGCGGCAUUACGGUUGGGAAUGCUAUCAACAAGUUUGGUACCUCAGAUAGAGGAGUGAUUCAGAAGAUAAGAGAAGUACUGGAUGCUGUGGAGAAAGACGGUGGGAAUUUCCUGAAACCCCAAGCUGUUUAUCUUCAGAAGGCGCCUAAACAGGAAAAGGCCGUGAAUGGAGAAAGAAGGCUGGAGACACCAGCAUUGAUUUCAGCCAUCGUUCAAGAUGUGCAAAGGGCACAGACUGGCGGAGUGGACAAAGAAGAAAUUUUGGAUGAACCUGAUGGCAACGAGGUUGACGCCAAACCGGUUGGCCAAGUUCAAGCGAACGAUGAACAAAAUGAAAAUAACAGAGAUCUCAAUGUAGUUGGUAACGAUGAAUUGGGUAAGCUGGAAACUGGAAGAAUCAAAUUUACAAUAGGGUCACAAAAUUCACUGGAGCUUGGAAUGGACUUAGAUAAUGUAGAGCAUUUUAACUCAGGAAGUCCUGUAAAGAUAAACAUAGAGCAAGCAGCUUCCUCAGAAGCUGAAGUUAAAAAAGACCAAACUCCCCCUACGGUGCAGAUAUCCCAAGAAUCCCCCUCCCCGGUAGCUCAUGUGCCGGGUGCCCCCCUGACAGUCAUUAGAGAGCUGUCCUCGCCAGAUGCAAAACCGGCAAAACUGGAUUUGGACGCGUUAUUAGAACGAAAAGACGAUGUUGAAGAAAGUAGAUUUGCCUCUCCGUGGUCCCCAGGGGUGGUGGAGGACCAACCAGUUGUAUACAUGCCCCCUCCGGUUGUGGAAACGGAAUGCGACGAGGAGCUGGAAGAACUCGCUAAUGUGGGAAGGACGGAGAGACAAGUGGCGGCUAUAGCGAGCAGCCAUCACUUAUCUACCAUGUACGACCAUCAUCAUCACCAUGACGACUUGAAGAAGCACGUGCGUGAUUUACCGCUGGACUCUGAGCCCGUAAGACACAGCUGUGACGACAAGAGAAGUCAUGACGAGGUAAGCAGCCAUAAACUGGAUCACAAGUCUACUGCAGAGUCGCCUCAGGGUCCCAAGCCAGGGAAUCUCUUCCGUGUGCCGUCCAUACUGGAACAAAUGGUCGACGAACCGCCAGCGGAAGCUGGAGAAGGCAGAGGACUGUUCCGGGUACCCUCUGUACUGGAGCAGAUGAUGGACGAACCUCCAGAAGAAGCAGCAGAUGAUGCACCGAACCCCUCAGAAGUUGACGAAUACAGGCUUGAUUCCGCUGAAUUUGCUUCCGACAGGCAGGAGGGGUCCUCACACUCGCACCACGCCCUUCAUGUGCCUGGCUCCGCUAUGGCUGUCACCACUUGCCGGGAUUUGCACUUCAGGGACAGUGAAGGAGGGUUUAUUCUAGGGGACACCGAAAUUGCGCCAGCGGCAGAAGGUUCAUCGUUUUCGGAGGCUUCAGAAGGCGGAAACUCCGACGACGAAAAUCAGUACGAGUUUCCUAUAGAUCAAGAAGAGCUGGCUGAGCAAGGACAACAGAAUUCGCGUUCAUCGCAAGAAGAUAAAGAGAUGUUCGAUGAAAAAGUAAUAACUUCCGAAACAAAUGGGGAUAAUGGGAAAGAGGUGGCUUCUAAUGAGGAGCGAAUCAAUAGAAUGUCGGUGGAAAACGAGAAAAGUGACUCUGAGAAAAUUAACGAGCCAUCGUUGAACGAGAUUCCUCGGAUUUCGGACAUGUUUGGUAAUCCUGAUAACAACGUGCAGUUUUACAUCGGCGAACAACACGAGGAAAUGAACGAAUAUAGCGAACCAUUGAGUUCUAGAGAAGAAAAACUCGACAAUAAUUUCUACUCCGAAGGUGAGCGUGGAAAGUUAGGCGAGGACGAUAACAAAAUUGACGCAAAUUUUGAAACGGAAUUUAAUGCGGCUCCAGAAAAAAGCCCUGAUAAAACUGUGCUUUCUCAACUGAUGGCAGCCGAACCUAGAAUCCCAAGCUUCAAUGAUCUCUAUAACAACGAAGAAGAAAAUCAAAACUCUGCGAAAAAUGCGGUGGAUGACGCCGACGCUGACGAUUACUGGGCACGAGAUGAACCCGGGGCCCUCUCAAAUGGGUUGGACUUAAAUGGACUGGAAACGAGCAAUUACGAAUCUCAUCAUCGUGACGAUUUGCUCAGGCCCAAGCCUCCCCCCGGCAGGUCAGAACGCGGAUGUAGCUCAGCGAGACUGCGGCGAUACAAGCCCACCAAGUCGCGCCUGGAUUUCAUUCGUCCCCUCGUUGCUAUCAGUGACAAGCCAGAGUUUAUUUAAGCGUCAACGGAUAAAAUGUGUUAGAAAUUAAAUAAAACAGAUCUUAGUUCUUAAAAAAAAUACGCAAAACCGUAUCAUGUAGUUGCCUUUGAGCCUUUCUAGCAUGAAGUGCCCGAGGAAUAAUACAAAACUUAAGCCAGAAACAGAAGUAUCUCGCUGCUCGAUAGAAUUUUCGAUAGGUUUGUGUUUUCUUUCUGUGGCGCUUUUUUGGUCCUUUGCCAAUAGUGCUCGGUGCUAAUUUUCUGUAGCUGUUGCAGCUUGAAAACUUAAUCUACAGAAUUGAUUUGUGAUUUGUGGGGUUUAGGCAUUUUCCAACAAUUUUAACUCAUUUAGAUCAUUUAGAUGGAGAUCUUAUGGUAAUUUAUUUGAAUUUUAAAUUAUUUUAACUAUUAACUCUUUAAAGCCUAGAAGUCAAAGCUAAAAUACAGUCUUUGUUUUGUUUUGUUUGUUUUUUCGUGGUAAAAAAAUCUAAUGACUCCAGAAUUUAGAAUAGAUUUUACUGACGGAUUUAAUUUUAAAACGCAUCAAAAAAAUCUUUGUGCAGUUAUCGUGCUGCAAGGAAGUUUGAAUUCACAAUUAAUAUUUAUUUACCACGCUAUUUAAAAAACUCUGAAUUUCUUGACUCGUGAGCCAACUAUUGAUGGCCGGAAAGGAUCGCAGUAAAAUAUUCAAGUAAAAUGUAAUUUUCUUUGCUCCAUUACUUAAGAAUUGUGGUUAGACAACUUUUAAACUUUUAAACCAGGCAAAGCCUUCGUGAGCCUUAAACACCUUAUUAGAGGAAAUUUUCGCGACAACUUAUUUUCGCGGUUUUAAUAAUGUGCAAUAUUUCGCGACACCAAAUGUUUUUCGUUUUCCUUAAGUUUUCGAAAC